AUUUGACCAGUAAGUACUGAAUGAAGGACUUCAAACGCAUGUUUACGAGGGGCUUUAACAUAAAAAACGUCGCCACCCCACUCGUCCGUCCAAAUGGAGGAGGGCUUUGCGAUCACUCCUUAAUAGUGGCAGUCACUGGGGUUGGAAUAUCGGGCUCGUCGUUCACGUUCGACUCGGUCUUGGCGCUGAUAUCCGCACUAUUACCGACUCCGAACUUCUUGUCCCUUUUUGGCCGUUCUUUUAGGUCUUUUCUUGCGAAGUUUUGGGUCGGUUGGUCUUUACCUUGGGGGGGGUCCUUUCUUGCGAGGUUUUGGCCUUGAUGGUCGGUCGGUCUUUGCCUUGGGGGGGCAUGGUGUCGACCCGAUCUUGGCGCUGAUGU